GGCAACCACCCCUCGUUGAUACCCCACCCUUUGUUUCCUCUGGGUGCAGUGUACAUCAUGCCACGCGAUCCGCUCAUAGGUCUUGUAGGCAAGCCUUCGUCUGGCAAGUCGACUACCCUAAACAGCUUGACAGAUGCUACCUCCAAAGUCGGCAACUUUCCAUUCACCACAAUCGAUCCUCAACGUGCGAUCGGAUAUCUUCAAAUAUCAUGCCCAUGCGCCCGUCUCAACGUCUCUGACCGAUGCAAACCCAACUAUGGCUCUUGUGUUGAGGGAAGGCGAUCAGUGCCCAUAGAACUACUUGACGUCGCUGGACUCGUUCCUGGUGCGCAUAUGGGCAAAGGUCUUGGAAACAGGUUCUUGGACGACCUGCGACACGCCGAUGCGCUGGUGCACGUGGUCGAUGUCAGUGGGACGACAGAUGCCGAGGGCAAGGCAACAAGAGGAUACGACCCAAGUCAGGAUAUCGUAUGGCUGAGAAGCGAAAUUGUGCGAUGGAUUCAAGGCAAUCUAAUGGAGAAGUGGGGUAGCAUUAAAAGGAGGCAUGUGGCUGUUAAGGCAACAGCCGUCGAAACACUGCAAAACCAGUUCUCAGGUUACGGGUCGACUUCGAGCGUGGUGGCGCGCUGUCUCGACCGGCUUGCUCUGAAAGAGCCCCUUCAGGACUGGUCGGACGAAACUAUUGAGCGCGUGGUGAACGCCUUUACCGACGAAAAGUUCCCUACGGUCAUCGCACUCAACAAAAUCGACCAUCCGGAUGCGGAUAAGAACAUUGCAAAAAUCGCAAAGGUGCAAGACCCGAAAAGCAUAGUCCUCUGUAGCGCAAUAUCAGAGGUCUUCUUAAGGAAGUUGGCGAAGCAGGGCUUUGUCAAAUAUACAGAGGGCAGCGAGUUUGUGGACACGAGGGAAGAUUUGAUUGAGCAAGGUGAUCCAGAGGGUGGCGGAUUGAAGGAACUCGACGAGAAACUCAAGACGCGCAUCGAAAAUCUCAAAGACAUGGUUCUAUAUCGCUUUGGUAGUACUGGCGUCGUGCAAGUGCUAUCGAGAGCAGCAGAGCUUCUUGGCUUGGUACCAGUUUUCCCCGUCAGGAACAUACACACGUACACGAGUGGCUCAGCAAGUUCAACGGCAGUAUUCCGUGACUGCGUAUUAGUCAAGAAGGGAAGCACGGUGGGCGAUGUGUACAGGAAAGUCAUGGGCGAUGCACCCAUGGCCUACGUAGAAACCGAGGGCGGGAGGAGAGUUGCAGAGGACGAUGUUGUCGCUGUAGGGAAGAAUGAUAUCCUCAGCUUCAAAGUCGGACGCGCAUAGCCAAACUGCUGUCGAUAGUCACUAGGUGCAUGAAUGCUUUUUUUUCCGGUGAGCAUAGCUGCACGCCCAACAGAUGGUUGUGGCUCUUGAUUGUCAACUUGCAGUAGUGUUUAGGCAAUCGCACGAUGGAUUUUCCAUAUUUAGGCCCAUGUGCCUUGGUCUGCGCGAUUUCCUGGUGAUGACUUGUCUUUGUGGUCUCGAUAGUAGUGCAUAUGUAUGUACUUGGCCGUGGUGCUGUUGUAUGCGGUUCCUGAUCUGCAACCUUAGCCUACUGCAACAGCUGCUGCAGCUGCUGCACUAGCGUCGGCGAAUAGAC